CUUGGCAACUCGCCUCUUCCGCCAUCACACUCUUUCUAUCUCCCACUCGACUCCCCCCACCCCUCUCUCCUCUCAACGCCAUGCUGCAGAGGUCAUUACCCCUCCUCACUUUCGCCCUCGCCUGGGCGCUCCCGGCAACGGCAUCCCCCAUCGCCGGACCGGGGCCAAACUCGCUCCACGCCCAGGCUGCCUUCAACUCUAUCCCUCAGCUCCUCCGCCCAGAACCGCACUCUGGCCACUCGGCCCACGGCUCACACGACUCGACACUGACCCCGUCAGAACUCGCUGGCCUGUUGUCCAUCCAUGAGCGGUAUGAUGGGCACGAGGUAUGGCGUGUCGACUGGCGCGGGCUGGGCGAGACGGCCAAGGAUGAGAUCUUGGCACUGCUCGAGAGCAUCAACAUGGACAUCUGGCACAUGUCGGCGGCGUCCAUCGACAUCCGCGUACCGCCAAAGUUCGCAGGCAUCCGCACCGUGCUGCCAAGCUUUACGACGUAUGUGCCCGACGUGCAGGCGCUCGUGGACAUGACACUGCGCGAUGUGGUCGACGACGAGCCCGAGGGCGGCUGGAACGUGUCGUCGAUCGACACGCCGUUCCACGACGCGUACCACAAGGUCGAGGCGGUUUAUGCGUUUGGCGAUGCGCUCAAGGCGGGCUUCCCCGACGUUGUUGAGGAGUUUGACAUUGGCACUACGGCCGAGGGCCGCCCGAUCCGCGCCUGGCGUGCGCACCUCAAGACGAGCGACGGCGAGCCCGAGCACGAGGAGCUCGAGUUUGUCAUCCAGGCUGGGCAGCACGCGCGCGAGUGGGUCGCGCCCUCGGCUGCGGUAUACUUCCUGCACUCGCUUGUCCUUGAUGCUACCGCCGAUCCGAACUCGCAUGCCGCUGCUCUCCUCCGCCACUUCACCUUCACUGUGGUUCCCGUGCUCAACCCCGAUGGAUUCGAGUACUCGCACGCCCACAGCCGCAUGUGGCGCAAGAACAGGCAGGAUGUUGGCGGCCUCUUCUGCAAGGGUCUCGACCUCAACUCCAACUGGGGCUACAAGUUCAAGGCGGGGCGCACGGCCUGUUCCGACUCGUACGCCGGCCGUGCGGCAUUCGAAGGUCUCGAGACCAAAGCCAUGGCGUACUACCUUAUCAACGGCACGCUGACCGACACGCCGCCCCGCGACCACAAGGUGCGCGCCUUUGUCGACCUGCACUCGUACGGCCAGCUGUUCAUGUUCCCUUACGCGUACUCAUGCGCCGACUUCCCCGCCGACGCCGAGAACCUCAUGGAGGCGGGCCUGGGUGUCGCCAAGGCCAUGCGCCAGGCUCAGAACGGCGAGGGUUACCAGACCGGUCAGGCGUGCGACUUGACCUUUAGAUCGACUGGUGAGGCGAUCGACUACGUCUACGGUGAGGGCGACACGCGCUGGUCGUACUCUGCCGAGCUGAGAGACACGGGCACUUACGGCUUCAUGCUCCCAGCGUCUCUGAUCCGCCCCACCGGCGACGAGGUCAACGCCGGCCUGCGCUACCUCGCCCAGUUCAUCUACGAGACCGACAUUGACAAGCCAUGAGCGCGGGCGUCGGUUUAAGCAACUGCAACAAGCAACCACAUAGAGUGAUCGUGUAUCCGGUGUAUCGAGUGUUCAAGCGGCGGCGGUAGCGACGGGGGAGCGGACCGGAGUGCCGAGCGGAGUAUUGUGCGGCAUGGUGGCGUUGGGCGGGGCCCGUGGUGGCACUGUAAGGUUACGGCGCGCAGCGCUGUGACAGGGUCAAGCAGUGCCGAAUGUCUCUCCUUCUCUCUCUCUCCUCUCAGUCUGCAGGAUGCAUGUGUCGUGUAUUA